UCUCUUUCCUUCCUGCUUUUGUUACUCUUCUUCCUCUUUUCGAUCACAGCCGUUUAGUCAUGUCUGAUCGAUCAAAACCGGUGAGCCAGGUUCUGUACGAGUCGGCCCCAUCCUCACGCCAGACCGUCAAGUUCUUAACGGCAUCCACGAUUGCCGCCGUUCUCUUAACCUUAUGCGGGCUGACUUUAACCGGAACAGUGAUAGCACUGAUCCUGGCCACACCACUGUUAGUACUGUUUAGUCCAAUUCUUGUCCCGGCUGGGAUAGUCAUCUUCCUGGCAAUAUCCGGCUUUGCUUUAUCUGGCGUGUGUGGUGUAACGGCGAUACUGGCAUUAUCAUGGAUACACAAUUACGUAACAGGGAAGCAUCCGUCAGGGGCGGACCAGCUAGACAAUGCAGGGAAGAAGAUUUCAGAUGAAGCUAUGGACAUGCAAAAGAGAGCGAAUUUGCAUGGGCAAUUCGAUCAAGUAGGGUAGUAAACGAGGCGAUUGCCAUCUCCUACAUGCAGCAAAAGGGCUAGGAAGCUGCAUAAUUAAGGCCUUGAAUGAGGUUUAAGGAUGAGGAAAUGUGGAUUUACAGUGUAUACUAAUGUGUUUUCUUUGCAUGCAUGUAUGGAGGAUGUAAUUUGCCUUAUUAUGUUGAGAACUUCUGCCGUGCCUUUUGUUCAGUUCAGCAAUUUCCUGUUAAUAAAUACUCUUUUUGUAUCUAAGAA